GUUGGCAAAUUAGUACGAGGAAAUUCCCAAUCAAAUCCCAUCUCACCACGAAAACGAGGGGAUUCAAAAGGUCACUCAGGACUCAGGUCCACUCCAUACGCAUCUGCUUCUCUCUGUGUGGAACUGUGAGUGAGGGAGAGUAAGUAAAAACUCUUCGUAUUACUAACACACAAACUAAAGAAAAAGAAACCCAAUUCCCAUCUCUCAAACACUAAAAAGAAGUCUUUCACUGUUGAACCCACCAUGAGCUCUCCCACCAAUUCCCAACAAGAACACCACUCUCAAGACCCAAACAACAUGACCACUCAAAAUCAAGAUCAAGAUCAAGAUCAAGAUCAACAAAACCCACAAUCUCAAGAUCCCCAAUCCCCACUAACCCUAACCCUUCAAAUUGAAGACCCACAAAACCCAUCUCACGAUCAAACCCCAGCAAUCCAAGACGAACCAACCCCACUCUUCUCUCCCAAAACCACCACCGCCGACUCCCACUACCACGUCUUCUCUCGCCGAGCCCCAAAGCGAAACAAGAAGAACGCCCACAAGCGCCGAAUCUCUCUCGAAAAGUCCCAGAAGAAAUUCAAAGCCCUAAUCGAAAUCCUCAACCCAAUUCCCUUUUUGCCCUCUAAAACCCUAGACUUUCUGAGCCACGAGAAGCUUCUAAGGCGCCUCGGUUUGUGGGAUUUCGUUCAUAUUGAGUUCGAUAGGUCUCUCCGCACCGACCUUCUCGCUCAGCUCAUUGCUAAUUACAGUUCCCAGGGUCGUUGUAGUUAUGUUGAGUCGGUUCGUGUUAAUCUCAACCGUGCCGAUCUGGCUCGGGCGUUGAGGUUGCCGUUGCCGGUGAAGAAGGGCGCCGCCACGUCGGUGGUGGAGGUGGACUCGCUGGGGUCGGCGGAGGAGAUUGGGUUUUUGGAGGAUUUGGUGUCGAAUUGGAUUCUUUUGCACGAGGAUACGUGGAUGAUGCCAAAUGAGGUGUUGAAUUGGACCAAGGUGAUUAAGGAAGGGAAUUUUGAGAAGAUGGAUUGGGCUAGUUUGAUUUGGUUUAUGGUCGAGAAGGAGCUUGUGCAAUCGCCAAAUCUGGUUAAUUGUUAUUACGCCUCGCAUUUGCAGCAUCUCAUAAGGUCGCAGCGCGAGGAGUUGCUGAUGGAGGCACCUAAGGCGGAGGUGGAUGUGGAGGAUGUGAAGGAUGAUGACGAUGAAGAUGAAUUAUCUAUGCUGAAGGAGCCACCUAAGGUGGUGCUGGAGGCAGUGGAGGAGGUGAAGGACGAUGACAAUGAGUCCACGCCGCCGAAGGAGGCACCUAAGGUGGUGGUGGAGGAAGUGGAGGAGGUGAAGGGCAAUGACAAUGUGGAGGAAGAUUUGUUGGGUAGUGCUGGAGAUGUUAAGAUGGCCGAGGCUGAAGAUUUUCAGGUGCAGGGAUCAGAGGAAGAAUCUCGGGUUUGUGAAUUGGAGGAGCAUAAAAUUGAAUUGAGUCUUGGGCAUGAUAAUGCAGAGAGAGUUGAAGAGAAGGUGGAGGGAGUUGAAGAAAAGGCGGAGAAGGUUGAAGAGAAGAUGGAGGUUGAGGUUGAGAAUGUUAAGGAGCGUGUUGGGGAUGAAGAUGUUAUGGAUUAUGAGCAAUGUAGGGAGGAAAGUAAGGAGCAGGAUGAGGAUGUUGUGGAUUUUGAGCAAUGUAGGGAGGAAAGUAAGGAGCAGGACGAGGGUGCGCAGUGGCUUUUGGAUGGGAAGAGCAGUUUGGGUGAUUUGGGGGAACCAUUUUUGAGGCCAUGCAAUGUGGGCGAAGUUAGGGGCUUGGUUAGUGAGGAGGAGGAGAAGAAGAGAGAAGAAGAGGAAGAAGUAGAGGAAGAAGGACAAGACGAAGAAGAGGAAGAGGAAGAAGAAGAAGAAGAAGAAGAAGAAGAAGGUGAACGGGAGGUUGGUGGGUUCAAUCUUUCGCCCAAGUGCAAUCCGCUAGACAGUUUGGCUCCGGGGGGGAGUCUAAUUCCGGAUAUGCACAUGCCUUUUAGCUCGGGGUUGGAAAUCCGUGAUCAUUUGGCAGUUGACUUUUUGUCGUCUAGGGAUGAUAGUAGGUUACUGUCUGCUGGUACGUCACUUUUUGGUAAUGCUAACAAGAGGGGGAUUGAUCAUGAGAAUGAUAACAUUCAUAACUCUUUUAAUGGUGGUAAUAAGAGGUUGAGGAGUGACGGGUCAUGGGAUGGUAAAGCAACUGACUUUGAUAUGUGUAUGGAGCAAAUACAACAUUGGAUGGGGAAAACUAGGACAGUGUAUGCAGCAAAAGAACAGGCUUGUGCGGAAGCUACUGUGAAUCAACAGUUCCUACUGAAUGAGUUGCAGCAGCGAGAAACCAUGAUUGAUCACUUGCGCACUGUUAAGUUUGAAGAGCAACAGAAGAGACAAGUGGAGGUGUACCGGCUCGAGCGUGAGCUUUUUUUGAUGGGAAAUCUAUUAGAGGGUUAUAGGAAGGCCUUGAAAGAAACGAAUAGGGCAUUUUCUGAAUACAGGGCACGCUGCCCGCAGCCUGAAGAGCCACUUUACAAGGAUGUUCCUGGAUCUGGAGGGCUUGUUUUGAGCACCAUGGAACUGGAAAAGCGACGCCUGAAGCAAGAAGAAGAAGACAGGAUGAACCGUUUGCUGAUCGAGAGGAAAGUUAAAGACUUUGAAGGAGGAUGGGUUCAUAAAUUUGAAUCACAUUCUGAGGCGGUUAAUUUGCUUGGUAAUAGGUUGCUGGAUGUUGAGAAUCGAGUGAAAGUAGUUAAGGAGUCUUUUGCGAAAAGUAGGGUUUCAGAAACGUCAGAAGGGGCUCCCAAUGAACCAUGCACUUCUCAGUAAGUCCUCACUUUGUGCUGUCUAAAUGUAAGAAUGUGGAGCAGCUCUUUUGUGUAAUAUAGAAGCUUCAGCUUUUUCUUCAUAUUUCGAUGGAGAUUAUAUUUAUCCAAAUCUAGUAUAUCUGUUGGCCUCUUGAAGUAGUGAUAGGGACCUGUUAUGUUUAGUAGACUACUAGUAUUACGAGUACUGCUUUUAUUAAGUAUAGAACACAUGAUUCAUGUUCA